ACGUGGUCGAAUUAUUGUUUUCAUUCUGGUUAUCAAGCCUUGCUCGCUUGGUGACCAUCAGAGUUAGAGAAACCGUUGACUGACGCGUUCUGUUGGCGGACAUCUUAUCUCUUUGUCUUCAAAAGUUUAUGGGAAUAAUCUUUUCUCUUGGUUCAAUAAUGUUCAGAAACGAAACUUUUGCGCGAAAAGCUUGGCGAGACUUUGGCUAUGCCUCAUCAUCUAGAGAAUUUGGUGUUCACGGUGACCACUUCUUCUCCAGAAGCUACAAUAACCUGAAAAAUUGGGUGUUGUUCAUCACGAAUCCCUUUGUUGCGACACUUAAUCGACUACCUCGACCGGGUAGCGUCAAUCAACUUCAAAUUACAAAUCAUAGCACGUUAUCAACUCCACUCUUGAACAACGUACAGAAACUACCAACUGUACGAGUGUCACCAAUCUGUGUGAGUAGCAGGAACAUUUCUUCAAAGGUACUACAGGAUAGUGCGUACGUGCAAGAAGCGUACGCUAGAUGUGCAGGCAGAGUAGAAGAAGACAUGAAUAUGUUGUUGAAAAUAUGGAAGUCAAAGUAUGGCGCAGAGGAAGCAAAGGCAAGAAUGACUGCUAGGAUUCGAGAAGCGGGAAUGGAAAGAUUUAUAAAGGUUAAGGUUAGAAGACAUUGACAGGAGAGUUGAUGCUGUUGAGUUGUGAGGUAGAUAUCUUUUUAAUUAAUGCGGUGUGGAGUGUUACUCGCAGACUCAUUUUCAGGCUUGUGAGAGUCGGAAAUUUUAUGCAAUUAUAAUUUGUUGCAUGUG